AACAUUGACCUCAAGGUUGUAACCAACGUCAGCUCUGCAUUUCGACUUCUCUCUAUAUAUAAUAGCCCGAUUGUCGCUCUCACAUCUCUAUCACUCACAUUCUUGAUACAUUUUUCCCUUCUAUCAAAACAUCUUUAGUCAAUGAUAUGAGAUUUAUGGACGUUGAAGAUGACACAAUUGUAUAACAAAUAUACACUACUUUUUGAGCAUCUUCAUAACAACAAUAACAACAAAGUUGGUCUAUCACAAGACAACUAUAAGAUAAAAAAUAAAAAUAAAAACUUAAGAAUUUAAAAAAAAAGAUGAAAGUCCCUAUAAAGUAAGUCAAAUGUAAGAAAUAAAUAUGCGGAACAUUUUUCAAAUCUACGGGAGAAUAAUCAUUCGAGGAACUUGUCAUCUAUGCUUUGUUUGCAGCUUUUGUACUAAUUUUAAAUAUCUUACUAGCAAGCAUAUCUAUUAUUAUUGGACUCUAAUUUUAUAUGAUGAUAUCACUAGCAUUGGUUCAUCAGGUGGACCAAUUAUUGAAAAAAGUAGACCGUUUGGGAAAGAGGUAGACCACUUGAUGGAAGUGGUAGACCUUUUUUUAUAGUGGACGACAUUUUAGUUGAAGAGGUUGACCGUUCGUUGAACAUAGCAAAAUGGAAAUAGUAUAUCUAGUUGACCAUUCCAACAGUGAGGUUGACCAUUUUCUCCAAAUAGGUCGAUCAUAUAAGUAAAGAGGUCGACCGUUUUGUUCAAAUAGGUCGACCAUAUCAACGAACAGGUCGACCGUUUUGUACAAGUCACCUUAACAAAGUACUAAUUCAUUCACAUAUUAUCCCACCUUCUCAGUUAAUUGUUAAACAUAUAUUUUCUUUAUCGUUUUUAUUAUUUUUAAUUUUAAGUUCCCUUUUUAAUGCUUCCAUCUUUGUAAUCCCAUUUAUUUAACCUUAUUAUGAUGCAUUUGGAUAUAAUACUAAAGUUUAACAAAUUUGUUGACAUAAUAUUAGUCAAACCCUUAAAAAUAUAAAGUAAUAGUCAAAUCUUUGGGCGUCAUAAAUUGUUACGUGAGAUGUAAGAAGUGUAUUACAUCCCACACAAAUGUGAUGGUCUGAUUAGGUAUAAUCAGUUUAUAUGGUCUUUUAUCGAUUUUGUGACUGAUACCCGUUGAAUCCAGUUCUGUCGAUCGACAUACCACAGGCAUGACAAUCAUGAUUAGUAGUUGUUAGGUUCUAAAGAAAAUUAGUAGUUGUUAGGUCCAAACUAAUACAGCAACCAAAUUAACUAAACUAAAGUUUAAUCAGUUUGGUUAAUUGGUUAUCCAAAUUAACCCAUAUAACAUCACAUUAUCAUUAAGUGAGAAACUUUGUGGUUAAUGCAUUAGUUGACAAUUUAUAUGAUGAAUAAAAUAUUACAAUGAACACAUAAUUAUAGUUAACCCAUACAAAAAUACAUGCAACUAAUACAAUUAUCUUACGAUCAAUAGAAGUAUUCACCUAACAAAAAUAUAUGUCUAUAGUAUGGAGUUAAUUAAUUAUUUUAAUUGUGUGAAUUGAAUUAGUCGUUUAGCAAUUAUCAUAGGGUUAAAAAGACAUUCUUUUCAAGUUUUCAUUUAAUAUAUUGUAUGAGUUUUAUCCGAAUUGGGUGUUCAUAUAUCAUGGUCUACACUCUACAAAUACAAAUAUACAGUAUAGAAACAAUUUUAAACUUUAUUGUUGAUGAGACUAAAAGGAAUGAAAGUUUGGCUCUUGAGUGGUUAUGUCAAGUAUUAAGUAUGUGUAUGUAAUAUAUAUUAGAUAUAUGGAUAGUUACUUAACUGGUUAAUUUGGUUUGAUUGGUUACCAGUGUCUGAAACCAAACCAAACCACCAAAAUCAACAAGCUAAUUUUUUUAACCAAACCAAACCAAUUAGCCAAAUAUUACCGGUUAAAACGGUUACCAUGGUAACCACACCGUUUGAACACCCCUAUGUAUGAGUGGUGAAACAGGGUGUAAGAGACGCAUAUAUUUUAUCAAUAUUUCUUUUACGUUGUGUCUAUAUCUUCCAACGUUUGUGAAUAUUUGAAUUUAGGGGUCGUUUUUUUUAUGAUUGUUUGGUUGGGAUAGUUACAACACUGUCCACGAUGCAUUGUUUUAUUGAACUUUCUGCAAAAACAAUACAUGCAUUGUUUGCUUAAUGUGACACAAACUAUCAUUCAAAAUGAGUGAUAGUUAAAUCUCAACUUUUUGUGAGAUUGUUGAGAUUGUUUGAUUGAGAUUGUUGAGUAUUUUUUUUUCUCCCAAGUAUGUCCCUACCUUUUUAUGUGUGCUGCUUUCUUAUAUAAAAAACAAAGGGUAAAAUUGACAUUUCACCUAAAGUAAUAUAACUUAUUUAAAUCAUAAACCAAGCGAUGUAAAUUACAAUACACCGAUUUUCUUAUUCACAUGUAUGUUAUUAUGCAUGCAUUGAUAACAAUGCAUCAAUUCAAGUAUCGCUUGAACCAAACCGCACUAAGUAUCACUUCAAUUGGUGUCUCAUCAAUUCUCAUUUUCUCAUCUAUCAUAUAUGACGUGAUUAUGGCCACAGUAACUCAACCCCUCUGAUUAGUGAUGAGUUAUUGGGUUGUGUUUGUUUCCAACCCAACAAAUAGAAAAUGUUCUUAAGAAGAGUACUGUUCAGUGAUGAGCCAAGACUUGACACAGCUAGAAGGGCUAAAUGUAAUUAAACAAGUCAAUGAUUCUAAGAAUCCCUCAAUCCUGACAAUUGAAAAAAGAAUUCCCCCUGAGUCGUCCUUCUGAUGGGACUCACUGCGAUUUGAGUGCCGACCAAGCUCGAUCUCCAUCUUCUACAGCACACAUAUAUGGUGGCGAGUUUGGAAUCUUUCAGAUUUUGCAAUCGGCUCAGUUUCUCUUUCUCUUACCCGCAAUUGCUGGAAGGGAGUAGAAAGAAAGAGGGAAAGGGAGGGGGGGAAAUAACUGUGCGUGCAAAUGGCCCAACCAUUGAUAUAUAGUAAAAAGAGAACUAAUUAUUCCAUAGACAAGUGUGGUUUAUGGAUGAAUUCAUCCAGCUCUCAAACAACUAUAUAUGAUUUGGUAUUGGCACGACAGAUCUGCCAAACCUAGACAAUUCCCCACUGCUGACAUUCUUAACAUCAAUCUAUCCACCAUUAUUUCCCAAAUGAUUCUCUUUCGGUACUUCUUGCAAAGCAUCUCAAGUAUUGGCAAAAAAUCCAGUUCUUAAUUCUCUAAAUUUUAUACCUCAAGAUCAAUUUUAAUAUUUACUAGACUUGGGCAUGCAUCUGUAAAAUUUGUGUCAUGGGUGCUGUCACACUGGAAUAUAACCCCGUGAACAGUAACCCGUAUUUAAAGGUAAUUGCUAAAAAAUCGUAAGGAACAGUAACAAUCACUUGAGACUUAAUAUAAUUGAUAUUUCUUUCAUUUUAAAGUGAGUAUACAAAUUUCUUUUCCAUAAAAAAUUAUGUUAACCAUACUCUUCAUAUUAUAUUUUGAAACAAAAAAGAGACAUAUUACUGGCGCAUACCAUGGUGGUAAUGUUUGGUGGUAGUAGUACAUAAGAUUCUGGGUUUUUUCCUAAAGUACACACUUUUUUUUUAAAUCACAAAAUACACACGUUUUAUGAAAUAUUCCCAAUUUACUCAUAUUUGGGCUUCACCACGGCCGUCAAACCGGUCGACCUAAUGAGCUAAUUCUAGUGAUAUAAUCAUAAAUAAUUAGAGUCCAAUAACAAUAUAUAUGCUUGCUAGUAAGAUAUUUAAAAUUAGUACAAAGGCUCCAAGCAUAGAUGACAAGUUGCUCGAAUGAUUGUUAUCCCGUAGAUUUGAAAGAUGUUCUGCAUAUUUAUUUCUUAUAUUUGACUUACUCUAUAGUACUUUCAUAUUUCCUUCGGAUUCUAAGUUUGCUUGAUUUUAUCCUAUAAUUGUCCUAUAAUGGAACAACUUUGUUGUUAUGAAAAUACUCAAAAAGUAUAGUACAAUUGUUAUACAAGUGUGUCAUCGUCCAUAUAUCUCACAUCGUCUCGCUUUUAUGGAUUUUUAUUCCGGGAAGUGUUAAAAGAGAGUGUUGGUUUUUUUGUCUUGGCCUAUAAUCUGUGUAGGGAUUUGGUUACCCACAGGUGAUAGGAUGUUGCGUCACUACAAAACAAUUUUGUAUUGUUGGUCUCCUAUUGUUCAUUAUUUCCCUAAUGUAAGUAUAAGGUAACUGUGUCAUCUAGUCAAUCAUUCGCCGAAAGCGGAGAUCAUUUGUUGAAAGAGGUACUUAAGCACUUUACAAAAUCGGUAGGUUGUUUUGCCAGAAGCGGUCUACCUCCUCCAACAAGCGGGUGUAAGUUGAAGGCAAGUGUGUCAUAGGUUGACCCAUGGUUGGAAGUGGUAGACAGAUUUGUCUCAAGUUGUAGAGCACUUAGUGGAAGAAGUCGAUCAUUUGAAGGUAAGUGUGUCAUCAGGUCGUCCUAUUUCCGCAAAUAUUUUUGAAAAAUUGGAAGUAAAAUUAAUGAGAUAUGAUCCUGUAAAAAUUUGUAUGAAAUUUAGAAAUUUGUCCUAACUACUUUAUGAAAAUUGCCACUAGUUUAAAAAAAAAAUCUAAUUUUCGUCAUUUUCCCUUGUAAUGGACCAUCAUAUAUAUCCCUUCUUAUUAGUUAGAUCCUAAAUUAUGAAGUUCUCCAAAAUUGUAGAUUUUACACUAGAACCUAUACUCGAUCGUCAUAAAUUGUCUUCAAUCCUACAAAUUUUGGCUAGGAAUGGCAAUGGGUAGGUCUGGGGCGGGUAUCUCGAUACCCAUACUCGUUCCAUGGCAGGUCUGUUCUGGGUCAGGUAAUUUAUCAUAGGGCGCGGGUCGAGACAGGUCGACCCAUUGGGUAUAUAAUUUAUGCAAAAAAAACAUUAGAAUUAUUCAUUUUUUUAAUAAAAAACCAAGAAAAAACCAUAAUUUGAUAAAAUGUAGGUAAAUUAUUGGAGAAAUUGAGUUUUUCACUUAUUUACAACUUUAUUAUGCCUAAAAUAUGAUGUAAUAAGAGGAAAAUCCUAAGUAAUUUGACUAAAUUACAUGUAACUUAGGUCAGAACGGGUCGAGAAUGGGGCGGAUCAAGGCAGGUCGGGUCGAUGAGAGGUAUCCAUUCCCGCCCCGCCCCGCCUACGGGGCGGGCCAGACCCACCCAAAACAGGUCAAACAAGUCGAGUAAAUCGGGUCAGGUCGAAAUUGUCAUCCCUAAUUUUGGCUAUGACUACUUAUCACGAGUUAUAUUAAAUUCACCUCUCGAUUCCCUCGCAAACAAUUCAUAGCACUUUAAUUAAUAGCCACAUACCAUUUGGCCAAACUAAAAUCAUCGCCUGUAGCAGUCCCUAACACUUUCUUGCUAUUUCUCGUCAAUUUAACAUUUUUUUCUUUCUCCCUCAUCCAAAUUCUUGCCGCCUGGACAACAACGUCAUUUCCCCUAUAUAUAUUCUCAUCCUCAGAAGCCUAAAAACCCAAGCUAGCUAAUUAAACCGUACGUACACAUAAUACCAAACACAACAACAACAAAAAAUCAUGUCCUCGUCGUCGGUUAAUAACCCGACCAAAACCCUCUGGUUGAACCGGUUCUACUCAUCACUAAGAACCGUGCUAGCCUGCGCCAUCGUCGGCGCCGUCACCCUCUGCCCUCCCGCCGCGGUCCACAACCUCCUCCACUUCCCGGCCUUCUCUUACGUCACCACCAUCCUGAUCGUGUCGGAGGCCUCACUGGGACAGGUCAUCAAGGGCUGCUUCUGCGCCCUCUACGCCACCGUCCAGGUGACGGCCGCCUCGGUUCUCGCCCUGUGGCUGGUCGGACCGGGAACGUUCGCCCGAAGCGAAGGGGCCGCCACUGCGGCGGCGGUGGCGUUGACCGCCUUCGUGGUGGCGCUGCCGAGGUCGACCCCGCUGCUGGCGAAGCGGAUCGCGUUCGGGCAGGUGGUGAUCGUGUACGUUAGUAUGGUUGUGAAGAACGGGGAAGAAGAAGAGAGUAGUGGAGUGGUGGUCGAACCGGUUCGGGUCGCGGCCAGUACGGGUUUGGGAGUGGUGGCUUCGCUUUUGGCUGUUUUGCUUCCUUUUCCUCGACUUGGCUACUACGAGGUAAAGAGAAGAUGCAGAUUGUACAUCCAGAAUGCUUCAGAGAGACUAAGUUUCCUUCUACUUGCACUCAAUGCCCAAGACAACCAAGCUGCUUCCGACUUGAUUUCAAAGGCGAAAUUCCCGGCUGCCGAGAGAGCCAAGCAUCUUCAGUCCAUCAGAGAGGUCCAAGGUGGUAUGAAAUGGGAGAGGCCGCACCUGAAAUUUCUAAGCGCUAAUAUCUGCAGCAUAGACCCGGGAGGAAGCUUGAACGAUGAAGUAGAAACACCAAUCAGAGGAAUGGAACUAGCACUCUCUUCUUGCCGUUCAUUUCCUAUCGCCUUGAUGGACGAUCAUGAUCUUAAAGCAGAAUCAGCCAGGUUGAAAUCUAGGAUAGAUGUAAAGCUAGAGCAGGCCAAGUGCCUGACAACUUCUGAUGCCAUCACAGCUCCUGAAACAACAAUAGAGUCAUCCAACAACUGGUGGCGGCAACUUAGUAUCGCCACCCACGAUGAUCUCCCAACUCUCUUCUUUCUCUAUUGCAUGGAACUCCUCCAAGGAGGAUUAAAGAUGGAAGAGGAAGAAGAAGGAGAAGAAGGAGAAUUAACCAAACCUGACAUUGACAUAACAAAGGAGACCAGGAGGCUACAGAAGAUCUGGACGGCUGUGAGAACAAAAAGAUGGAACUUUGCAUUCAAAUGUUCACUCUCUCUUGGUUUAGCAGUGCUAUUUGGAUUGAUAUUCAACAAGAGAAAUGGGUACUGGUCAGGACUCACCAUUGCAAUCAGCUUUGUCACAGAGAGGCAAGCUACAUUCACUAUGGCCAAUGCACGUGCCCAAGGGACGGCGAUGGGAUCGGUUUAUGGAAUCCUAUGCUCCUUCUUGUUCCACGACCUUGUGGAAUUGAGAUUCCUUCUCGUCCUGCCAUGGAUCGUCUUUGCUAGCUUUCUUAGGCAGAGCAAGAUGUAUGGCCAGGCAGGUGGGAUUUCAGCUGUUAUUGGUGCAUUGUUAAUCUUGGGGAGGAAGAAUUAUGGGAAUCCAAGUGAAUUUGCAAUUGCAAGGAUAACGGAAGCAUGGAUAGGGUUGCUCUGCCUUGUUGCAGUUGAGAUUGUACUGCAACCAGCAAGAGCUGCAACUCUGGCUAGAAUAGAGAUGGCUUGGGGAUUAGAAGCAUUCAGAGACUGUGUAGAAGGUUAUAUUCUGUGCACCGACAGAAAAAGCUGGUUCUUUUCAAAUACGACACAGAGAGAUAAGCAGAAAAUUUUGGAAUGCCAUGUUGGUAAGCUGAACCAAUUCAUCAUGGAAGCAGAGGUGGAGCCUAAUUUCUGGUUUAUGCCCUUCCAUGGCACUUGCUACAAGAAAUUGCUAGGAUCUCUAAGAAAAGCAAGCGACCUCUUGCUCUUUGUUUUCAAUCAGUCUGAAGUGUUCUCAUAUGGAGCAGACAGACUGCAACUGGAUCAGAAAAGGGUAGAAGACAUCAAUGCUGAUCUAGAACUUUUCAGAGACAAGGUUGGCUCAACAUUGAAAUGCUUACAGAAAGUUAUCUCCAUUGAGUUCCUCACAGACCUUGAAGAUGGGCUGCACAAGGAGAAACCAUCUUAUGACAUUGAAUUGGGGAAACCACCAGAAGGAGAUAAGUUGAAGAUGUUAGGACCUGAUGAGGUAACAGUUUCGAACCUAGUGAAUGGUUUCCUCCAACACUUGAGGGAAUUAGGUGAUGUCAUUGAUAAAAAAGAAGCAGAACAGAAGGUAAAGAGCCAGAUGAUUCUUUGCUUAAGUGGGCUAGGGUUCUGCAUCGGUAGUUUGAUUAGAGAAAUAAAAGAGAUCGAGAAUGAAGUACAAGAACUGAUUGCAUGGGAGAACCCAACAACAACACAAGUCAAUGUGUAUGACGUUUAUAGUAAAAUCAGUGAUCUUCAUAAAAUAUGAAUGCCAUCGAUUCUUGUGUCUUAUGUGUUUUUCACGCCAUGCAAAAUAGGACUUGUCACUAUCCAAAUUGUCGUUGUGUUAUCGUUACAUAAUCGUACCGUUAAUUGACAGUCCAUACCAAACUCUACCAACAAGCAUUGUAACCAGGCAUGUCAAAAGUGACGUCUAACAUAGAGCGUAACUCGGCUUGUGACUAUGACUUCAAUACAUGUUUGUGGCCUCUUGUAUCACUAGGAGAUACAAAAAAAAUUCCCAACCUUCACACACCACCCAAAGGUAGAGCGGCUAGUAUCCAAACAACCAUUAUAGUUAGCAUCAACAUAAGCUUCAAUAACUAGCUGCCCACUUGAUGAAACAACAAGCCCACAUCAUGUGUGCAAUUCAGGUAACAUAAAAUCAUGUGAACUGCAGUCAAAUGAUGAGUUAGUGGUGCAUUAAUAAAUUGACUAACCACCUGUACCACAUAAGAAAUACCAGGUUUAGUGUGAGUGAGAUAUAUGAGACUACCCGCCAGACUUCAAUAUUGUGACCCAUCGUGGAAAAGUCCUCCAUUCGAUUCUCGGAUUUUCUAAUUUUUCUCCAUUGGAGUGAUACAUGAAACACAAUCCUCGAAGUUCACUGUUCACAUGCUCAAGCCAGCCCAUCGCAUGCUCCUUAUACACUCAAAAUAUAUUAAACGGGGAUAUAACGUAAAUCGAUUGUGUCGAGUCUCUUUUCCUUCUCGUAUCUUAGAUUUUUCAUUUUGUGUAUGUUAGAGUCAAUGGUACUCAUACUACCCAAACAGGUAGUAGCGACUAGCGAGUAACCCGUGGGUACCCAAUGUAGCAUUUUACAAUUCCAAUUCCCGUUCGCUAAUAUAUAUUAUAGGUACCC